AUGGCUAAGAGAAACCAUGCAGAUCUUGAUGAAAAGCUAGGCGAAUUAUUUAUAUGGAAAGAACAAUUAAAAAAAAAAGUUUUAGAAAAUUUAUCUUCUGAACAACUUAAAGCAAUAACAAUGCAAAAAAUUGAGCAAAAUAAGUUCGAAUACGAAAAAUUAAAACGACAAAAAUUAGAACGUGAACGGCAACAAGAACAAAUAAAAAAUGAGAAAGAUAUGUUAAAACGUCAUAAAGAAUUUAUUUACAAUCAAGUUCUACUUCGUGCUAAAAUUCGAAUAAAUGAAAAUCGUGCAAAACCAAUCGAUUUUCUUAUUCAUUAUAUUACUGAGGACAAUGAUCAUCUAUUUAUUGAAAUAAAAAAAAUUGAAAAUGAAAAAACUAUCAAUAUAUCUUAUUGGGAAUUCUCAUUGUCUCAAUUAGUAAUUUAUUCAGCACGAUCACGUCUUCAUGAUCGUCAUAAGUUACAAUUAAAAAAGAAAUUACAACAAAUUAAACAAGAACAAAAUAUUUCUUCGAAUCAUCAAUCAACAAACAAGGAAAAUGAAAUAAAAUCAUUUGAAGAUUCAGAAAAUGAAUGUUUAUAUGCUUAUGAGCAAGCUCAUUAUUCACCAAUAUUAACGCAUAUAAAUGAAUUUGAUAUUGAAAUUCAAAAAAUGUGUAUAGAUGACAUGGACGAUGUAGAAAAAUUAAAACAACAACGUCAAUCAGUUAUGAAAUCUAAAUCUAUUCAAACUAAUAUUGGAAAUAUUUCUCAAGGUUUUGUUCAAAAUCCUAAUGAUUUGGAAGCAGGUUCGGACACAAUUAUUGAUACAGUACCUGUUGAUAUGCAAUAUUUAUAG